GCGCCGCCGCUGCCAGCGCCCAGUCCCGUCUGCCGCCAUGGCCCGCCUCCGCCUCCGUCGCUGCCCGGCAGCUUCUGUCUUGGCAAGUCGAGGCCGUGUUCACCCUCCUGGCUCGCUGGCCUCCCCCCCCAUCUUCACGGAAGCGGUCGGGGCCGUCCCCUGCCAGCCUGGCUCUCCAGUCCUGUAAAACCCUGGGUUGCCUGAUGCCUAUCAUUCCUAUCCCGCGGCGGGUUCGCUCUUUCCACGGCCCCCACACGACAUGCCUGCAUUCGGCCUGCGGGCCAGUCCGGACCACCCCUUUGGUGCGCACCAAGUACAACAACUUUGAUAUCUACCUGAAGUCGCGCUGGAUGUACGGGGUGAUUCGUUUCUUGCUGUACUUCAGCUGCAGCCUGUUUACCUCCGUCCUCUGGGUGGCGCUGGCGGUCUUGUUUUGCAUCCAGUAUCUCAGCAUCCGGUUCUUUCUCCGCUUCCAAUACAAACUCUCUAUUAUCCUGCUCCUGUUGGGAAGGAGACGGGUGGACUUUAGCCUCGUCAACGAACUGCUCAUCUAUGCCAUUCAUGUCACCAUGCUGCUGGUGGGGGGGCUGGGCUGGUGCUUCAUGGUCUUCGUCGACAUGUAAAUAAAGGCCGCCCGUGGAGGUCGAGGAGCCGGGGCGACCCUUAGCCUGGGGGUCAGGUCCACCUGUGACUUCCCUCCGCCCUUGUCCCGUAAUCUCCCUCCGGCGGCCGCCGUAGGUCAACCUACCAGGGCUUGCUUAUGAUUAAGGCGGCUUGGAGAGAGAGUAGACCCAUUCUGCUCCCUUUGUAAAACCAAGUCAGUGAAGGCUGAUGCUUCUCAGGAAGACUGGUACCAAAUGUAGUAGUAUAUUCCCCCCUCCUAACAGGAGAACAGUUUGCUGGCCAUUGAAUCCUCUCAUGGAUCCUGCAUUAUUCCCUUUCCUUUCCCUUCCAGUACUCGGUGUUUGGAAAUAACCUUUAAGUUCUCCUUUGGUUGAUCGUCUUCUUUCAUCUGAUGUGUUUUUAGGAAUAUCUGGAAUAUUUUCGUUCAUCUAAUGUAUUUUUAGGAAUCUCUCUCCCCUCUCCCCCCCAAAAAAAAGCCUAGUAAUAAUUUUAACUUGUUCUUCAGUGGCCUUGUUUGAUUUUGGAGUUGCUGGCAAGCAGCAUCUAAGUUUACCGUUAGAAGGAGAGAUGUGUGCUGCCAUACUCAUGCGCAUUCAUGUCUUGUAUGGGUUGUGCUGCCUUUAUGUUCCCCUUGUGCACUUCAGGCUGAAGAUCAUGGACUGAUCCCUUGUUAAUAAUAAGAAUAAGGAGUAAAAAUGGAUAAAAGGGGUUUUUCA